AAAUGGUCUGCAGAGAUCCAAAAUGGUGGGUCCCACCUAUCAAAGACGAAACCUGAGUGUACUGUACAAAUCCUCGGGUCGCGGAUUCUACGGUCACACGUAAAUGAUGUCAGUGACUUGAGUCUGGACACUCUUCCCCCUCUUCUGGCAAACAAGCAGCGCACUCUCGCCUCAACGGUAACCUGCGCACCCCCUUCGAGAUCUGUUCGUUUCUCCCUUUCUUCACUACUCUAUUUUAAAUAAUUAAAAUAAAACGCACCCCCAAUAGCGUUAUACUUUUCCAGCUCUUCCAUUCUCCCCCAUCUUUCCAUCAAAUCUUCCAAUAAAUUCCUCCAAUGGCGACCACACAAUCUCUUCUCCCUCUCUUCAUCAUCGUCUCCUUCUGCCACGCCACUCUCUUCCUGUCGGCGAUUUCGUCGGAAGCCGUACAAAACCCUAACCCUAGCUUCAAUCCCUCUUCGGCACGGGUUCCAUUUCCAAAGACGACGAGGAGAUCGUCUCUGGAAUCGUCCAAGGCGUUGGAGCUGUGGUGCGUCGCGAAAAAUAACGCGGAGGACGCGGCUUUGCAGUCGGCGCUGGAUUGGGCAUGUGGGGCCGGGGGCGCCGACUGUGGGCCCAUACAGCAGGGUGGGGCCUGCUUUGAGCCGCAGGACAUCCAAUCCCACGCUUCCUACGCUUUCAACAACUACUUCCUUAAGAACGGGGUCGCCCAACAGAGCUGCGAUUUCAGUGGUUCCGCUGCACUCACCUCCUUGAAUCCGAGUCACGGGAUUUGCGUUUUUCCGUCGAGCUCGGCAGCAAAGAACGGAAGCUUUACUGGCUUGACUGGAGGAACAAUUACUGGGGUUGGACCUGCUGGGGCAGACUUAAGCGGUAGCCAGAUUACAUGUAUGUGGGUGUGGCCUUUAAUUUCAGCCCUUAUGAUGUUAGUAAUGACUGUAUUGACUUUACAAUGAAAUGAGAAACAAACGCAGCUUCUUAAUUCAGCAAAAUUGUUUCUCCAUUUCAUCAUUUGAGCAUUUAAGUUAUGCUGCAGUCUCAUUCUGGUUUAAGCUAGAUGUGAUGUAGAGAGUGAACUGGAUUUGUAGAUUUUAUUCUUUAUUAUUAUUAUUAUUAUUGUGACUAUUGUUGUU